GGAACGCCAGGGUUCACAAGCCUGGCUGCCCGCCAAACCCGUGGCCUUCGGCCCCGAGGCCACUGGGUCGGCCGCGCCUUCUCGGCGGGAGGAGAGAACACCUGGGUCCGGCCCGCUGCCCUGGUCUUCCCGGCUCCAACUCGGCCAUGGGCUCCCGGAGCUCCCACGCCGCGAUCAUUCCCGACGUGGACAGCAUUCGGCGAGAGACCGGCUUCUCGCAAGCCAGUCUGCUCCGCCUCCACCACCGAUUCCGGGCACUGGACAGGAACAAGAAGGGUUACUUGAGCCGCAUGGAUCUCCAGCAGAUCGGAGCCUUGGCUGUGAACCCCCUGGGAGACCGCAUCAUAGACAGCUUCUUCCCUGAUGGGAGUCAGCGUUUGGAUUUCCCAGGUUUUGUCAGAGUCUUGGCUCAUUUUCGACCUGUAGAUGAGGACGCAGGAAACCGGGAUCCCAAGGCACCUGAACCCCUCAACAGCAGAAUGAAUAAACUUCGCUUUGCAUUUCAGCUCUAUGACCAGGAUCGAGAUGGAAAGAUCUCUAGGCAUGAGAUGCUACAGGUUCUCCGGCUGAUGGUUGGCGUCCAGGUGACAGAGGAGCAGUUGGAGAGCAUCGCUGACCGCACAGUGCAGGAGGCUGAUGAAGAUGGGGAUGGGGCUGUGUCCUUCCUGGAGUUUACCAAGUCCUUAGAGAAGAUGAAUAUCGAGCAAAAAAUGAGCAUCCGGAUCCUGAAGUGACUCCCUUUGUGCCUUUGGCUAGAUGCUGAGGACCAGCAUGUGCUUGUCAUUCAUUCUCAGCCCCCAUGGAGGCAGGACCCCAAUAAAUUGUAUUCUUACUUCUAGAUCAAGCUCUAUUUAAGGCCAAGGAGAGAAAGCUGGAAGGGUGUGUAUUAAAGUCUAGCUCAUUUGAUCUAGAUCUCUGAAUCAGCCAGCAGUUGUUUGGUUGCAAGUGACUGAAAACCCCCCUCUAAGUGACUUAAAUCAAAAAGGGAUUUUAGAGGCUCAUGUGAUUAAAAAGUCUGGAAGUAUUCGUCCUCAGGUGCAGCUGGAUCCAAGGGUUCAAAUGAUGUCAUCAUGACUCAGUUAUUCUCCAUCCCUCAAUUCAGCUUUCUUCAGUGUUGGAUUCAUUCUUGGUGGUCCUCUUACUCAUGGUGGAAGAUGGUCACCAGCAGCCCCAGGCUUCCAUCCUAUUAGCCCAGCAACCAGUGGGAAGAGAUUUUCUUUUCCAGUGAUUCCAAGUAAAGACUUAAGUUUGAGUGUCAUUGGCCUGAUUGGGAUCCCGUCCUUACUUCCAGGGGAAUAGAGUGCUCUAAUUGGUCAGGCCUGUGCCAUGUAUCCAUUCCUAGACCCAGGAAAUAAGUUCUAGUUGCUUAAAAGAAAAUGAAGUGCUAUCAUCAUCAUCAGAAGGAUGCUGGUAAGGCAAAACGCAAGAGGUCCAUUUCUGUUAAGUUGAACAAAUGUAGGGACCCUUGAAGUCUGGCCUCUUUAAAUGGAUUUUCUUUGAUCCAUGGGUGCUUGCUGUUGUGCUGGGGGUGGGGAGAAGAGGUGAUGUAAAGAUAAUAAA